AUGGCUCGUGGGAGUUGUUUCUAUGGCAACAUUCAAAUUGAAUAUGUUGGCCAACCAAUGAUCGCGGGACUAUCUCACUGUUUUGAUUGCCGGAAACUGACCGGAGGCGUCUACUCUUACAGCUUUGUCGUCAAAAGUGCUGACCUGAAAAUCACUGGCAAACCCAAAGAGAUCGCAAAAGUAGCAGAUAGUGGGAAUCAAGUCAGAAACUAUUUCUGCCCGGAUUGUGGGACGCCAAUCUAUGGAGUGAAACUUACUGCUACUGGAGAGCUUGGUGAGACUACUCUCUUGCGGGCGGGAAUCUUCGAUGACAUUAAGAUUCUGAAUAAACAAAAGCCGGUGGCGGAAUUAUAUACCGUUGCUCGUGUGAAGUGGGUUGAUCCUCUUGAAGGCGCUGAUCAGUUUACUGGAAUGGUCCCUCUUCCUUGA